AUGUUCCGUGCUGUUAGGGUACGAUUUUUUCAUUCUUCUACAUGCUUAAGGAGAGGUAAAGAUUGGUCAAGAACUCCAUCAAGUAAAUAUAAUAAUAGAAGGGACUUGAAGUCAUCAAUCAAACCUUUAUCUGCCGAUGAUAUCGAUGCCAUAAAUAAACAGUUUUUGGAAAGAACAAACGGGCUUGAACCUGAGUUCGAGAUAAAGGAACUCGCAGAUAUACAGCAAGAAUUUAAAAAACGGUAUGGGGAGAGGUACGUUGAACCAUCUAGAAAAUGGUUUCAAUAUGAAUGGGGAAACGAUAAUAAACCGAAGAUUUUUACAACGAAAUAUAUUAAUGGGAGGGAAGAACUUAAUCCAACGUUACUUCCAAAACAAAGUAUGAGUUUUUUGGUGACCGACUUAAUGAAAAAUACGUUGACUAUAGGGGACAUGGUUCUCUUAGGUAAUACCGCGACUCAAUUGGCCAUGUGUGUAGCUCUACCUGACUCCGUGACGGAUCCUCGUUAUACUUUUAUCUUGGUCGAUGGGGAACUUGUAUUUGAAACUAAACAUGCAGUUAUGUUAAGGAUUCCUUACGCGCUACCUGAGGAAGUACAUAAGUUAGUGAAAAAAGAAUCACAUCAUGAAUAUGCACCUAUAGGUAAAGUAAAAAACUCAAGAGAUGAAACAUUUAUGACUCCACUAUUAGCAAAUCAAUUGAUUACUAGUACUCUUCCUUUCAGAAUCUCUACAGAAGCAUGGAAUCAGUUACCGCUAGUUGUUAAAAAACUGAAAUUACUACAUCGUUAUCUGAAUGAACCCCGUGGUGCUAUUCAAAUAUCCUUUGUUCAACUAUGUCAAAUGGUCCAAUCUAUCGACCUGGAUAAGAUAAAGCCAGCUGAUGUACAAGAAGUAAUCUCAAAAAUCACAGGGGUGACUAAUGAAAGAAUUGAUAGUGCCACUUUUCUUGCCACAUACUGGGCAAUAAAAGAACAGCAGGGCUAUAACCUUUGGGGAAAGAUACAUACCAGUUCAGCUUUAUUUUCCCCUAUUUCUGUUACAGUCCUACCUCUAAAAUCUCAACACUACUAUUAUUCUGAAAUAUUAGGUCAGAUGAGACAAAAAAAUUUUAAAGAAAUUAACAAAUUCGCCUCAUUAUUUAAUAAUAGGGAGUAUGAAAAGAUACAGAAUCAGUUACCUCAUUAUUUAGAUCUUCUUCGGGACUAUUGUGCCGGUAAUUUCCAUAAUAACCCCCAGAUGAUAUCAUUCAUCUCAAAAAUCUUUAGAAAAAUAGGUAAAUAUAAAGACUCAGAUAUUUGCAAGGAUGUUUGCCAAGAGUUAAUUGAGACGAUUAAACCCUCGGAAGUUCAUGUCAAUCCAUUGCAUUAUAAUGAUGAUCUGGCACUACCUAUCUCAUCCCAUUUGGCUCAGGAUAAUAAACUUAUAUAUGACAUUGUGAAGCCAUCAUUAAAUAGUAAUGGCGAUGAUCUAAGAAAGGAUUACACAGAAAUGCCGGUUUAUUGUAUAGAUUCUGAAGAUGCGCAUGAAAUAGAUGAUGGCGUUUCCAUUAGAAAACUAAAGUCGGGGAAUUCCGAAUUACUAAUUCAUAUUGCAGACCCUGCAUCCUUCUUCCCCGAAUGUGAUGAUGAAUCAAUAUCCAACAAAAUUGCUGAUGAAACCUUGAAUAUGGCAUUUGAAAAAUCUUUCACCUCGUAUUUACCGGAUAAUGUUGACCCCAUGCUUCCAAAGUCGUUUAGCCAAGCGGCAGAUUUAGGUAAAGAUGGAUCUAAGAGUAAAACUAUAACGUUUGCAGUGGAAGUAUCCUUUGACUCAGACAAAGGUAGUCUUAAAGUACUGAAAAAUACCUUUAAUAUUUCCCUCAGCUAUACUUCAAACUUUCCACGGGCUACCUACAACGAUAUUGACAAAAUAUUAGGUGGGUCUAAAAAAGUAAAUCCAGCGAUGCUCGAUGAUAUAAGAAAUUUAUAUCAGAUAGCGUUCAACUUACGUCGUAAUAGAAUUCAAAAUGAUAAUGCUAUUAUAUUUGGCGAAGGUUUUAACAGAGGCUUGCCAAAAUUAACUGAGAAAGCGAGUGACGAGCAGAUACUAAAUAUUGAUUUUGAAGAUCAGAGAGAGACGUCUUCUACAGUUCUGGUUAGUGAGUUCAUGAUUCUUGCGAACUCAUUGUGUGGUGAGUAUUUCAAGAAAUAUAAUAUUCCUGGUGUUUUUAGAUGCUAUAGUAAUUUAGAAAUGUCUUCAAAAGCACUCCGUCAAUAUAAUGUUUUCCAAGAGAAAGUUAAAAAUGGGUUUUACCCUACGUUCAAGGAUAUUACAAAAAUAUCAUCGUUCCUCAACUCUAGUUUUUACUCGGCCGAUCCAUUGAGUCAUGCAAUGAUUGGGGCUUCUCAAUAUCUUACGGUGACAUCUCCUUUAAGAAGAUUUCCCGACCUUGUUAAUCAUCUUCAAUUACAUCGUCAUUUAAAAGGUAAAAUUCCAUUAUUUUCACAAGACAAGAUAAAGGAUAUGAUUUGGAGAUUUCAAUCGAGAGCAGAUAUUACUAAACGUAGUGCCCGCUCUGUGAACACAUAUUGGACAUUAAAGUAUUUAGAAAAGAUUAUAAAAAAAAAACCAGAUACAACAUUUGAUGUGGUAGUUCUCUCUGUUCCUACUAAUGGUACAGUUAAAUGUAUGAUAGAGAACUAUUCAUAUUCCCGUGGUAUAUUAAAAUUGAGUAAGGAGAAAGCACCUCCACUUAUUGGUCAAAGUAUUAAAAUGUGUAAGAUUACAAAAAUAAUGCCUAUAGAGGGCAUUUUAGCAUUAGACAUAUAG